AUGUAUUUUGAAAAUUGUAAUUCAAAUCAUGAUGAAUUCUAUUCAAUUAAUGAACCUAGAAGAAAUCAAUUAUUUAAGAAUUCAAUUAAGUUUGGAAAUUUUCAAUUAUUUAAAGUAAUGUUUAAAUUAAUAAAUUGUUUAUUUGAUUUUUAUGAACCCGUUUCAAAUGAUGGAUUUAAACUAAUGUUAUUUCAAUUUGAAAAUAAUUUAAAUUAUAAAAUCGAAUUUAUUAAACAAGUUUGCCAAUUGGUUAAAAAUAAUUCAAAUUAUUUAAAUUUUAUAUUUAAUCAAGUUUUAUUGUAUGAUGAUUUAGAGUUAAUAGAAUUAGGAUAUAACCAAUUAGAUAAGCCAAUGUUAAAAAUUGAAUUUAUAAAUCAAGAUAAUUAUAGAGAAAGUACUAAUAGUAAUAAAAAAGAAUGUGAAGCUGAAUUUUAUUUUAUUAGGUCAGAAGGAGUGUUGGAAUUUAUUUUUAAAAAUUAUUUAAAAAAUUGUAAUAAAAUAUUACCAAUUACCAAUUUCAUUUAUAAUGGCAGAUUAGAUUUAGUUGAAAAGUAUAAAUCAUUAUUAUUAUCAUCAUCAUCAUCACAAGAAAUAUCAUAUAUUGAACCAUCAUUUAAAUUAGAUCCACCAAUUUGUUAUUCUCAUAGACUUUAUUCAAUUACUAUUGCAAUGGAAGCAAUGAUUGGUUUUAUAAAUUCACCAUCACUUUCAAAUGGUUGUGGUGAUAGUGAUGAUGGCGUAAUUUUUAAAAAUGAACAUUUCUUUGGUUUAAAUAAUUUAAAAUUAAUUUCUGAUUUUAUUUAUUUAAUUAAUCAUAAAUUUACAAAUCAAAAAGGACCAUUCUAUUUUAGUUUUUAUGGUCACCCAAGACUAAAAUUUUAUAUUAAAAUUUUAAUUGCAAGAUGGAUAUAUUUUAAUAAACCAAAUCAUUUUGAAAGAUUUGGAUUUAAUAUUUUAGAUUUAUUAAUUAAAAAAAAUAAAAUUUUAUAA